CUAUAUAAUGGCCCUUCUUCUCACUUCUUUCCUGGCCGGGCUGGCCGCGGCUAUUCCCCACCCAUCAUCGUCCGCAGUCACAGUACCUUCUACAACUCCGGUACCGGUAUCACACUGCACAGCCCGUCCAGAUGCCCAGUUACCCUCGCAGACUCCUGUCGAUUUCCAUUUCAGCGGUAAUGUUCGAACAUACUACAUCGCCGCUGAAGAAACGGAAUGGGACUAUGCGCCAUCCGGCUGGGACAACUGGCUCGGCGUGCCCAUUAAGGCCUCCAUCCGCGCCAAAAUAGCCGACUACCUGAGCACACCCCUCAUCACCAAAUGGAAGAAAGCCGUCUACCGCGGCUACACCGAUGCCUCCUUCUCGGAGAAGACUGUCCAGCCGCCGUGGCAGGGUAUCCAAGGUCCCACGAUCCGCGCAGAAGUCGGUGACAUGGUUGAAAUCUUGUUCCUGAACAACCUCGCUACGCACUAUGCUUCUAUGCACUCGAUGGGUCUCGCAUACUCAAAGGAAAGCGAAGGCUCGACCUACGAAUUCACAAACGAAACCUACACCGGCGAUGCCGUCCCACCCGGCGCUUGCGUCCUGUACAAAUGGGUCGUCCCCGAAAGCGCCGCUCCCAACGACAACGAACCCGCCACCAUGCACGCAUACCAUAGCUACGUCAGCAUGCAAGAGGAUAUGAAUGCCGGCCUUAUCGGUCCGCAGAUGACAUACCAGCGCGGCAAGAUGAACGAGACGAGAAGACGGUACCGGGAAUUCCCUAUCCUCUUGGAGGGAACUGAUGAGUCGGUAUCGUUUUUUGCUGCGGAGAAUGCGAAGCGGGCCGGGCAGAACGUUACUGUGGAUUAUGAGAAGCAUUUCUCGGAGUUGAUGCAGUAUGGGAAUGUGUCUACUUGGAAGCCGCAGAUGACAAAUUUGUUGUCGUCGACGCAGUAUGAUGAUGCGCCGACGUUCUAUUCGCUUAAUGGGAUGAUUUUGAACAAUUUGCCAACGUUUGAGAUGUGCUUGAAUGACGAGGUCAUUUGGUAUGUUUAUGGUCAAGGAGAAGACCCCCACAGCUUCCACAUGCACGGAAACGGCUUUGUCUACAACGGCAACAGGAUGAGCACGAUCAGCGCAAUCCCUGGCACCAUGUCCACGCUGUACAUGAACGCCACUGCCCCCGGAACGUGGCAGGUCAUCUGCCAUAGCAAUGAACACCAGUCCAAGGGCAUGGUCGCUUACUAUUCCAUCAAAGAUAGCGAGUGCUCUCCCUUUACUCUGUAGAUAUGGGCAUAGUGGUGCUUGGUGUUGAUAAUUCUGUACAGUAGUUAAUGGGGAAAGGUGUAUAUUGUGUAUCAUCACCAAAUAGACAUAUAGUACAUGCAAAUUAUAUUCGUAACGU